AUGAAGAAUAUGAAGAACUCAACUGAUGCAACCAUCAAUGGCAGCAAAGUAAACAAAAGAAGCAUAGCUGUAACGGCUCAGCGUUCCCUUCACAGAGCUCUAUUUGGGGAAACCACAGCCAAGAAGUGCCGAACCGUUUUUUCUAAUCUUCCUCCUCAACCUUCCAAAUAUGCGGAGAUAGAAGCAGAAGGCGAAGAGCAGGAGGAAGGGGAAGAAGAAGAUCGAAGAAGAAUAAGAAGAAGUAGAAGGGUUUCAGAGGGUAUGACGGAGAAAAAAUCGACUUCUAUGGCUAUAACCGAUCCGGAUGUUCUGGAUUGCCUUAUUUGCUUCAUUCCCGUGUUUCAGGUUCUAGAAUCAGUGGAAGUUCCAUGCCCAAAUGCAAGCUACGGCUGCAAUGCUUCUCUCAGUUACAGCAAGCUCUCUAGGCACGAGGCUCUAUGCAUCUAUACUCCAUGUUCAUGUCCUAUGCGAGCUUAUAAUUUUCUUGGGUUUUCCAACGACCUAUAUACCCACUUUACCCGCACCCAUAAUUCAGCCAAACCCAUUGAGUUCUAUUCCCCUAAACCGAUCUCUCUCAAGAAAAACCAGAGGUUCCUAUACCUUCGGGACAAGAUUGAAGGUACCAUCUUUGUGGUCAACCAUCAUUUCUGCAGUUUUGGCAGUGCUGUGAAUGUGAUUUGCAUUGCUCCUGGGUCGUCAGCCAGAAGGUUCCCUUACCAACUUGUGGUAAAGGGUGGGGAGACUUCUAUCAAACUGGAAUCGGUGGCCCACAAUAUCCCAAACUGGGAUCCAAAUAAACCAUUGAAGGCGUUUCUUCACUUUACUAGUUUUUACACGCCUAUUGUAGAUUUAAUGCCCAUGUAUUUAAAUAAGUAA